UUUUUUUCUUCUUUUUCUUUUUCUUCUUCUCUUUCUCUUCUUUGGGAAAGACGAUUUCUCCCCAUCAACAGAACGUUUGUUUGAACCUCUGUUGUUGGUAUUUUCUAUUCUGUUUCUGCCUGUGUCUCCGUUUGCUAUCUAGCAAAUUGCCGUUUCUCCUUCCUUAUUUUCCAUCGUCCCUUUUCAAUUUUCACCAUGCCAAUUUCCAAUGGAAAUGCGUCGGGGAACGCCCUUGAGCAUGUCUCGGGUGAUUCAAAGUUCCUAGACCCUGCCACAGCGCUGGAAGUCCUCAAGAACGAUUAUGCCGGUGAUGGCCUGGACAUCAAUCAACUGCUGGAUUCCGAAAAGAGAGGAGCACUGACCUACAAUGAUUUCCUCAUCCUUCCUGGAUACAUUGGAUUCCCCGCAUCUGACGUAUCUCUCGAAACCCGUGUCACGAAGCGAAUCAGCUUAAAAGCUCCCCUGCUGUCGUCGCCCAUGGACACAGUCACCGAGCACUCGAUGGCAAUCCAUAUGGCUCUUCUCGGUGGACUUGGCGUGAUCCAUCACAAUUGCUCUGCAGACGAUCAAGCAAAUAUGGUAAGAAAGGUCAAGCGAUAUGAAAACGGCUUCAUCUUGGAACCUGUCGUUAUCUCCCCGACGACAACGGUGGCAGAGGCCAAAGCGCUGAAGGAGAAAUGGGGAUUUGGCGGAUUCCCAGUGACAGAAAAUGGAACUCUCCUUUCCAAAUUGGUUGGAAUGAUUACCAGCAGAGACAUCCAGUUUCAUCCCGUUGGUGAUGACCCUGUCACGGCUGUCAUGACUACGGACCUUGUUACCGCACCUUCAGGAACCACCCUCGCUGAAGCAAAUGAGGUCCUACGAAGCUCCAAGAAAGGAAAACUUCCUAUUGUCGACAGCGAGGGUAACCUCGUUUCCCUACUUUCAAGGUCCGAUCUCAUGAAGAAUCUUCACUAUCCGCUUGCUUCCAAGCUGCCACAGUCCAAGCAACUUAUCUGCGCAGCCGCGAUUGGCACCCGUCCCGAAGACAAGGACAGACUCCAAAAAUUGGUAGAUGCUGGUCUUGACAUUGUCAUUUUGGAUAGCAGCCAGGGCAACAGUAUGUAUCAGAUCGAGAUGAUCAAAUACAUAAAAGAAACCUACCCCGAACUUGACGUCAUUGCUGGCAACGUUGUCACCAGGGAUCAAGCGGCUGCUCUUAUUGCCGUAGGCGCAGAUGGUCUCCGCAUUGGCAUGGGCAGCGGAAGUGCCUGCAUCACGCAAGAAGUUAUGGCAGUGGGAAGGCCCCAAGCCGCAGCUGUGCGCAGUGUAUCCCAAUUCGCCGCGCGUUUCGGAGUCCCCUGCAUUGCGGAUGGUGGUAUCCAAAAUAUUGGCCAUAUUGUCAAAGGCUUGGCGAUGGGAGCCACCACUGUUAUGAUGGGUGGGCUCUUGGCUGGUACCACCGAAUCCCCCGGUGCCUACUUUGUCAGCAGAGAAGGCCAGCUCGUCAAGGCGUACCGGGGAAUGGGAAGCAUCGAUGCCAUGGAAGAUAAAAAGGCUGGAGUCGGCCAAGACGGUAAAGCAAGCAAUGCCGGCACUGCGAGAUACUUUUCUGAAUCGGACAGACUUCUCGUUGCCCAGGGCGUUUCGGGUUCAGUGUUGGAUCGCGGCUCUGUCACCAAGUUCGUGCCAUACCUAAUGGCCGGUAUCCAGCACUCCCUGCAGGAUAUCGGAGUUAAGAGUCUGCAAGAGCUUCAUGAUGGUGUCGCCAGUGGCUCAGUUAGGUUUGAAGUGCGCAGUGUCAGCGCUCAAGCCGAGGGUGGCGUCCAUGGCCUGCACAGCUUCGACAAAAAGUUGUAUUCUUAAACCACCAGCAAGCCCGGGGACGUGGGUAUUGCUCCUGACGCCCCGUCACUAUAUUGAGGAGAAGGGAAUCAUUUUUUUUUUUUGGUUUUUGGAGUUUGUCUGGAUGGGGGACAUGGUCAUUAUUUAUUAUGAUACUCUUUUUCAAAAGUUUAUGCAGUUUCAUGACUCUCUGUGAUUAGCCAUAUGAUCCGUUAAAGCAAUUCAUAUUAAUAGUCGUCUUGCAUUAAUAUUACCGCACUCCAUUCAUCUAUUUAUAUUACAAGGCCAACACUAAAUAUUCGUUGUUAGUUUAAACGUAAUGAAACCUGACCCGAUCAAAAUUAUGUUAAAUAAGUCCAGAAUGAAAAUGCAGAGUAGUGUUGUGCCACAGCUCGAGAGAGCACAGUAUCGUUAGUGUAUGGAACUUGAAUGCAGGUUGAGUGCCGACGAGCGGAUUUCCUUCCAGACUGAAUAGUUACACCAGACCAAGAUUCUUUACCUCUCCGUCGCCCGAAAUUCACGUGGCUAAGCUUCAUUUUUGCUUCAGGGGCAAUUCCCCGUUCG